AUGAGUGUAGGAACUUAUUUAAGUGAUGAAGAAAGUGAAGAUGAUGCAAUGAAGGUUAUGUUUGAUGAUACGAAUGAUGAGAGAACAACUGCAAUGGAUGAUGGUUUUGAAUUUUUUGAAAUUGAGAAUCCCAAUCUUGCUUCACCUAAAAUUGAAGUCAUUGGGAAGUCAUAUAAGUAUUAUAGGUGUGCCACUAAGUCACCCAAGAAGAAAUUGACAAUAAAGAAGAAGAAGAUUAUUGCCGGAGCACCUAGAGAAAUGGUCCUAGAAAAAAUUAUGGACCAAGUUGCAACUGAUGCACUUCUAAACCAAAAACUACACCUAAGAAGAUGCAAAAUGUUGCAACUAAAUCCAUGGAGAAAAAAUGGUGAAUCUACUAUUGAUGGGAGAUCUUCUCCAAAACCAGUAAAUAAGGUGAAACUUGAAGGUCCUAAAAGAUCAAGUGACAUGUUGAAGACAUUGAAAACCAAGUCACAUAAGGGGCCCGGAGCAACCAAUGAUGAACCAAUGAUCAUACCAGAGGAUGGAUAUGGCAUAUUAACUCGGGAAUAUGCCGAGGUUGCAGACCUUAUGCUAGGGACAUGUGUUAGGGAAAUGAAAUCCCGGGGUGCCAUUUCAAGAGGAUUAACUUAG